CGCCUGACGGAGCGUCCAGAGGAAGAAGCGAACGGAGAGGCAGCAGGACCGGAGCAAACCCCGCAGUCUCAGCCUCAUGCUUCGACCUGGGCGCUUCUCCUCUGGUCCGCUGUCCCCAGUCCCGUCGACAAUAUUGUGACAUAUUUAUUUUUGUAUUUUUAUUUUAACCAAAAAAGGGGGAGGAAGCGGCCGAGUCAUGGAGCUUUAUUGCCUCGAGUCGGACACAGCGUUGAAAGCCCAGCCUGACCCAAACAUCCUCUAUGAUGACAGAGUGUUGCAAAGUUUAUUAACUAUUGAGGACAGGUUUUUACCUCAGUGUUCAUAUUUCCAGCGAGUCCAGAAGGAUAUUCAGCCUUAUAUGAGACGAAUGGUUGCAGGUUGGAUGCACGAGGUAUGUGAAGAAGAGAAGACUAAUGAAGAUGUUUUCCCUUUAGCCAUUAAUUAUUUGGACAGAUUUUUAGCAGUGAUGCCCACGAGAAAAAGUUAUUUGCAGCUUCUUGGAGCUGUGUGCAUGUUUUUGGCCUCCAAGUUAAAGGACAGCAGGCCACUAUCUGCAGACAAACUCUGCAUGUACACAGACAAUUCCAUCACACCACGGGAACUGCUGGACUGGGAGCUUGUCGUGUUGGGGAAGUUGAAGUGGAACAUGGCCUCUGUCAUCCCCAAUGAUUUUAUAGAACACAUCAUACGCAGGCUGCCCCUUCCCAAAGACAAAGUGGCAAUGGUCCGCAAACACACUCUCACAUUCAUCGCCCUCUGUGCUACAGAUGACCGCCUUGCUAUGAACCCUCCUUCUAUGAUUGCUACUGGCAGCAUGGGAGCUGCUGUCUGCGGCCUGCAGCUGGACCACUCUGACCAGAGGCUGAGUCGGGACAACCUGACAGACCUGCUGGCCAAGAUCACCAACACAGAGGUGGAUUGUUUGAGGGCAUGCCAAGAGCAAAUAGAGCGUGUUCUGGCCACUAGCCUGCAGCAGGGCCAGCAGUACCGACAGGAGACUGGGGCUGGAGCAGGCAGCAAGGCAAGGGAGCAGCAGGAUCAGUCCAGCACCCCCACAGAUGUGCGCGAUGUCAACUUAUAUGAACUCCCAUCGCCACCUGACACACCAGGCAUGCCUGUCAACAAGUGAACUACAAGGACCGAAGAGCAUGACCUGCCAGUAUCUUUAGUCAGGCCUCCCCAUGAGCCUGAAUGGUGUGACAAUCUAUGAACUUUUAGAAAUUAAGAUAUUGGUAGUUUUUCUCCUUUCUGCCCCAUUCAUACACCGCUGGUUGUAUUUUGACCUUUGUAUGGGCCACAUGUAUUCAAACAAGCUAUUUAAAAAUUAUAAUUUCUUGAAAACUUGAUAGUGCCUUAGGUUUCCAGAGCGGUAACCUAAAUAUAUUUUCAUACUUGAAAAAAAAAGUACACUUAAAUGAAAUAUACAUAUUUCUUUUGAUAAAUCUAGCAAAAAUAAAUGAUAAAUGAUGUAUAUCUGGUUAUUUAGCUAGUAUUUAGUUGUAUUACUCUUAUCUUUAGAAACCAUUAUCAAUUCACAAUUUUACUGGGUUUUCCUCACUUGUGAUUCAUAUUCAUUUACAAUGUGCAGGAAAGCCCUUGCAGCAGUGAUUGAUACGCUGAUAAUACAGUACAUGGCAUUUAAAUCAAGCUGGUGUGCAGCCAGAGGAGCGCCUGCUAGCUGCUCGCUGCUCUUUGUCAUACUGUGCACCUGUAGCACUGCUUACUAUUUAUGCAGAUGUGUGCUGGCCAGGAGUGGGCUGGGCCUGCUCAGAGAGGAGGGGUCUGUGGCCUGGAGCAGUGGCUACUGUUAGAAAGGUUUAUAGAGAGCAAGGUCAGUCUUGCUUUUUACUGUUUUAUCUAGAGUAGUACACAUGCAUAUUCCAAUUCAGCGUGGCUACUUGUGAUUAAUAGAUACUUCCAAACAUUAUUCUCUGUUCUCCAUCUAGCUCCAAUGUGCUAGAGAGCAACAAGUACUGUUUAAUGUUUUUCAGUGAGAUAGUACUGAUGUCAAGUUAGUAAAGAGAGGAGACAAGCAUGUUGUUUUUUUUUUUACCAAGUUGAGUGGAUUGAUGCAGGUUGAAGGAUUUCUGUGAGGUUUUUGGAAGUGAAAAGCAUGUGGAAAGUGACAGAAAAUGCUAAAGGUGUGGAACGAUGAAUGAUAGCGUAUAAGGGGGAAAGUUAACUUAAGCUAUAUGAUAUUUCUGCAGUUGCAAGAUACUUGAGUGACACACAGGAGGAGCAAGAAUCCCUGUUUCUGCCAGAAAAUCUGAGAGGGAUAGAUGUCCAGGGAUCAGUUUGGGUCUGCUGCAGUUUCUCCUGUAUCAAUUUUACCAUUGACCUGAGUUAUUUGGGAGGGGAUGCAGCUUGGAACAAUGUUGAUGCACUUUUUAAACACACUCCUUAAAAAUGGUAAGGGGAUAGUGGUUGAGGAGAGUUUAGUGGGUUAUUAGGGUCAUUUUUGUUUUAGUUUUUCUUUUAAGUUAUUUGAUCUUUGAUCUGGGCUGGAUUCCCACGGGGUAGCGCAUGUUGUCUUGAAAGCUGCACCCCAACAGGUGAGUAGACGUAGGAUAUUCCAUGUUAUAGUUGUGUUGAAAUAUGGCGCCAUAAUCAGUUGCAAUGCAAACUAAGGAAAGCCAAGUCACAUGUAGACUUAGAUUUUUUUUUUUUUUUUUUGAUUGAGUGCUCUUUAUUUAACCGUACUUGAAUUUUUAUUAAUUCAUAGCCAAACCUUCCAAUAGUUCCAAAGAGUUAAACGCGUGUCCUACAUAUGUUUCAAAUUGUUGUUUAUGUUUUUACUUUUGUUUUUUUUUUUAAUGUAAACUGCUCUCUGAACUGAAGUUUUAAAACUGCCAUUUUUCUUAAUUAUAGACAUGGUUAGGGGUUUACAUGGUGUGAAAGUGUAUAUAACCAAUUUUCCAUGAGUAAAAAUCCUUGAAAUAGUCAUUACAUUUUAGAACAAACAUCUAAAUUGUAUUCAUGCAUCUUCUGUUGUGCAAGAAGCCAAAUGUUUGUUUUCCAAAAAAAAGCUUUGAACAGGAAAAUUGUGCUUUUAAAGGUUUUGUGUAUAAUUUGUAAAUGAGAAUUCCAAAGUGAGAAAAAUAGAUUAUACACAUCAUUUUCUUGCUGCUAUGAAGCUUUUCUUUUCUAGUCUUACACAAAGAUGUCAUUGCCUUAUUGUGAUUCACUUGUGUGCUGCUAUAUUAUGAAAUGUUGUGUAUGUAAUGGUCUUCUUUGCUUUUCUGUUGUAUGUGUACUGGAGGGAACGUAACACAGGUUAGUGUGGGACUGGAAGUACUUGUGUUUGCCGAUCAUUUGAUUAGCAUGUUUUAUGCAAUUUUUGUUUCAUUUGUAUCUUAUAAUCUAUCUUAUUCUUGCUGCUUCUUUGUAAUGUUUGUGUACCUCAGGUUAAUUGGACGGAUAGAACGAGAGCCCAUCUCGCAUUACCUCAUACACACUUCACCACACACAUGUCGUUUCACUCUGAAUUUGUUUGACGGGUGUCACUUUUUUCUCUGGAUUAAACAAGAAAUGUCAGCCACCAGAUCCUACUUAGCAGUUUUAAGUGCCUAUACUUUAAAAUGGGUCAUUUCGUACAUCUGGUGCUAAGUCAAAGAUGGCCUAUUCUGUAUGUUAUACUUGUAUCAUAAAGACAAAAAAAAAAGACAUGUUAUUUUUCUACUUGGAGUUUUAUUGGCAUGUUUAGAUCGGUUUAUUUGAUAAAGUGGGAUAUUGUUUGUUGAGGUGCCCAUACAUUUACCGGACAUUUAAAUCACCAGAAUGUUUAUUAUCGUUCACAGUGUGGUUGUUCUUCCAAACCCUCUCCCACUGUCCCACUAUCCCCAUGUGCAACCACACAGUGUACCUCAACAAUUUCUCCUCAAUAAAUUGGCUAAAAUCA